AUGAAGUUCGCUACCGUCUUUGCCCUCAUGUCUCUGGCCACUGCCGUGACCGCGAAGCACUACUGCUUCGGUGGUUGCGUCAAGUGCUACUGCGGCGAUAUCCAGUACGACGAGCACAGAUGCUCCAUGUGCAGCUGCAACCACAACGCAUACAAGUCAACCGACGACAACAACAAGCAGGGCAACUGCGACCAGCCAGGUGGCUUCCACCUUGGCUGUGGCUACUCAAGCGGCGGAAAACUCAGGCAAAAGCACACAACGGCGAAGCUUACCAACCUUCCGGACGACGUUCUCUUCAUCAUCGCCGACCUGCUACGCCAUCGCGGAAUGACCAUCGACGAAGCCUUUGCCCAGGCCCACAAAGAUGACUCGGUUGACUCGGAUCGCGCCAUCAGCCGCUGUCUUCUGCGCGGCUUCGAUGAUGUCCGGAAUCUGUCCUUCGCCUGCCAUCGUUUCCAGUGUGUCAUGAGACGGGCUUGGCCCCGCGUCAGCUUCACGGGAUCGAAUGCGACUCGGAAAAUGGUCUCUUUCCUCGGAUUUCUCGACAAAUAUCCUGAGAUUCAAGGCUGGGUUCGCACAGUUUAUCUGAACCUUGAACAGUCCCAGCGGACGAAUCACCGUUUCGACAAGGCCUCGGUCGCUUUCCUGCGUCAGCAAGCUCAGCAAACUUCCAACAAGGGUGUCAAAUGGUCGGAGCACGCCUGGCUGAGCAACGAUCAAGGAUGGCAUGGUCAUCGCAUUGAGACGAUUACUCUUCUUCUGCUUGCCAACCUCCCCAACCUGCAAGAACUUAGCCUUGCCCUCUCGGGAGGCAAGCCGAUGACAUCUUCCCAUUACGACUUGGGGCAGAACUCCGACUCCACAUUCCUUACCCUUUAUCCCCAGCUCAGCUCUCUCGCUUUAAGGCCCGCCGACGGCACCAUUCCCGUCUUUAAGGGACUGUACUCCAUUAUCGGCAAGACCGGUGCUGAGCCCACGCACUUGUACAUCGACAACCUGUAUCCAGUGCGCAUGGGCUUGGAGUCCGCAGGCCUCUAUCCCACCCUCUUCGAAAAGGUUACGCAUCUCACUAUCACCGGCACCAUCUCAGGAGGUGAAUACCGUGAUGCGUUUGACUCGAUGUCGUAA